AUGGGCGCCUGCUCCUCCUGCCUUGGUCGCGACACCGGCCGUGAUCGAGAUCUCUCAGACGAGGACGAGAGCGCCAGACUCCUCUUCGAUGACGCGCACGCCAAUCAAUAUGGCAGUUUCGGCGAACACCAUACCGGCGCGGUUCCCGCAGACCCACAGGAAGUCCAGAGAGAGACUGAGGCCCUGCAGAAGGUCGUAGCACAAACAUCCAACCGUCUCGUUGACAUCUUUGCCAUGGUUCCGCAGACCGGCCCUUCUCCUGCGUCGACGGUUUUUCCUGCUCAAGACGCGAAGAUACUCCGGUAUCAAGACGUCCUCGCGGAGAUGUCAGCUCACGACCAACCGAGCAAGGCCAGACAGGUGUCGGCUGAGAACACGCCCAAUGUGUCCGACGGCUGGAUAUCGGAGGACGAUGAUGGGGAGGAGAUGAAGCGGUAUAAACCCGUCAAAUCAGAGGGCAUCGGGCCCCUUCUUGGAGGGUUUGCAGAUGCAGAACCGGCCAUGGGAUAG